AUGACCAUACAAGAAGAGCUUGAAAGUACUGGUCUUUCGGACGACAACCGCUGGGGUUCCAGUAAAGUUUUCCAAAACUAUUUGAUGCCAUCUUUGAAAUUGUACGAUACUCGCGUUUCCAUCAACCACUGGCAGCUAAGAGAUUGUGUCAAGCACUCGACCAGUAAUCCAGGUAAAAUUUAUUACAUUUACGACCAUUCUAUUCGUGUUCUCGACACAGCGGUCAGUAAUUCCGGGACCAGACUUCGAACCCAGAAGGUAUCCAUUCGCAACCGGAAAAGAAGGAGUUCUUCGCCCAAGCGACCUUCCAAGGAGCAACUGCAAUCGCCGUCACGUAAACUCGUCGAGUUCGAUUUCAAGUCUCGCUGUUUUCAGGAAAGAAACGGGCUUCUUAUUUCUGGUGGUUUGAUGGGACCUGAGGACAACGGCAAUUGGGGCCAGUUUUUCCGUAAUACGUCUUCAACAUCAAGCAGGGCUACUGGUCAGACUACUGGGAAUUCAGGGGUCGAGCCCAUUAGAAUCGGAAGCACUUCAGUGCUUUCUGACCACAAUACCUACAGUAAUUGUGAGACUUGGAAAGGUCUUCUGUCUCUGUACAAUGAGGAAAGUGGAACGAGCUUGACAUAUCGAUUAGGUCAAUACAUCAACAAUUGCGUUCUCUUACAUCCAAGAACUACUCAACAGUACGAUCUUUUUGCAUGUAAUAACGAUGCACAUUUGUACCAGUGCGAUGUGAGCAAUAGAGGCAUCGAACUGACGAGAAGAUACUCCGAUCUCAAGUUUUCGCUUAAUAACGCUGCUUUAUCUCAUGACGGCAAGACUCUGAUUACGUCUGGGGACUCCAGCAAAUUUGCGAUCUAUCAUCAGAACGAAUUAAGUGGAUUCUUUUCACUGAGAUACGAUUCUCAGCCCCAGUGGGGUAGCUCUUUUAUCAGAAUCAAACGCAUUCCGCGCUAUGCAAUGCCCGACAGGUCUGGAUUCGUGGACAACAUAUAUGAAGUUCCUGGAGGAGAUCACGGAUUUUAUACAAGCUUUAGUGAAAACGACAUGCUUUUCGCAACGGUUUUUCAAAACGGAACCUGUUGGGUCUAUGAUGCGAGAAAGAUGGAAUCUCCAGUUGCUGAGAUCAAUUCAACACGCAAGUACACUCAAAAUGGCGCAUUCCGGGUUUGUAAAUUCAGUGAGGGGAUGGAUGACUUGCUCUUUGUCUCUGAACAUCACGGACGUGUGCAUGUAGUCGAUACUCGCAAUUUCAUGAAUCAUCAGGUCAUCAUGAUACCAGAGAGUACUAUUGCCCCGAAAGGAGACAGGGAACCACUUUUGCCUUCUCGUCGAAGCUCUUUGCCUGCGCAAUUGAAUGAUCCGCAUACCACAUUUGCUUCAAACAUACCUGUCAAGGAACUGCAGCCGCAAUUAGUUCCGUAUCCGAAAGCAAUGAAUUGCGCUAGCAAUGGCUCAGAUGUUGGUAGCGCGAAUGAGGCGAUUCCAGAACCUGAAAAUACUGGACGCCGAAGUAGGAGGUCAUCUUCUUUCAGAGUUAGGAGAUUUUCGACCUCUUCUAAUACUCCCCAUGUGUCUUUGGAAUCGAUUGAUCCGUCAAUUCUAGAGUCGCGAUAUUCAGCUCAAAAUUAUCGAGCGGUUGAUAAUUACAACUACGUUGGGGAGAAUAUACGGGCUGGGGCGAACAAUGGCAUUACGGGCACUACAACUGCUGUUCAAAGUGAUGACGUUUUUCUCGAAAAUGACGUCGAGGUGGUGGACGCAUACAGCGACGCCAGUGAUCCGUUAUUUCAUACGCUAACGUCGCGAUCCCGUCCUAAUGCAAGUAGAGCCUCACCCACGGCGCUUCAAUACUCACGCGGAAGCGACUUAUCUGCUAAUUCCCAUGACGAGAAUAAUAUCUCGGGAAUCGAUUGGAUGGAGGAUGAAGAUGGCAGCUCUCUAGUCAUCGGUACAGACUAUGGCAUAAUCAAAUGGAAGAUCAAUUCUUGGGCUCGCAGGUCGUUCCCAAGCUACGACUUCUGUUAA